AUGCAGCUGUCCCUUGCCGUCUUGGCCGCGGCUAUCGGCCAGGCCGUGGUCAGUACAGCUUCGACGCUCAACCCGCCCGUUCUGCCGCUGAUCGUGCGGAACCCCUACCUCAGCACCUGGCUGGGAAAUGCCCGCGAGGCGCCGUGGGCCAAAUGGCCCAUGUUCUAUACGGGAGAAGAGGUUGGCCUCGCCUUGAUGGCUCAUGUGCCGAGCCAGGGCGCGGUUUAUCCUCUGGUGGGCAAGCCGCAAGAUUCGCUGGCUUCCAAUGCCGAGUAUGGGCAGCUGCAAUACCCCGAAUAUCGUGGACACAACUAUGAUGCCUCGUCCACCAACUUUACCUAUCGCAUUGACGCCGCUACCUCGACACCCGUAGACAUUAUCGUCUCCUUCCUCUCACCCAUCACACCGACAUCGACUCUGCGGCAGUCGAUCCCGGCGUCCUAUGUGACGAUCGAUGUGCACGGCCAUGUCGACGUCAACGUCUACAUGGAGAUCGAUGGACGCUGGGUGAGUGGAGACGGUAACAGCCAGCUCCACUGGCAGUGGGACACACUGAACGUUGAGGAGGCAAUGGCCCAGAAGAAUCAGAAGCCCGGUCUUCAACGGUGGCAAAUUCGCCGAGCGUCAGAGCUUCACUUUUCGGAAAUCCACGACCGUGCCGAAUGGGGUACCCUCCAUUUCACGGGACCCGACGGCGCUCGAUAUGAGUGCGGAGAAGCAUCCCAGGUGCGACGGCACUUCGCCAAGAGCGGAGCUCUACAUAAUACCAUGGAUGAUGAAUUCCGAGCCAUUCGUGAUCGCUCACCGGUCUUUGCUUUCUCCAAGUCCUUCCAACUCGCACAGUCGGAGCGGCCUGCUCAGAGUGUCACCUUCACCGUGGCUCUCAUCCAACUGCCGGUCGUCCAGUUUGCCGCUGCCCGCGGGCUCACGCUGAUGCGGCCGCUCUGGGAGUCUUGGUUCCCGACUCCUGAGACGCUGCUCACCUUCCACUACAAUGAUCACGCUGCGGCCGGUGCCCUAGCCUCCAACUACUCCGCACAGUUGGCCAAGGAUGCAUAUCUCUCAGGAGCUGAAGACUACGUGGACAUCGUUGCUCUCAGCGCAAGACAGGUGAUGGGCGCUACCCAAUUCUCGGGCACCCCGGACAACCCAAUCCUGUUCCUCAAGGAGAUCUCUUCCAACGGCAACUUCCAGACCAUCGAUGUCAUCUUCCCGUCCUUUCCGUUCUUCCUGUACACCAAUCCACGCUGGCUGGCAUAUCUCUUGGAGCCUCUGAUCGAGCAUAUGCUCAGCGGACAAUACCCCAAUACGUAUGCGAUGCACGAUUUGGGCACCCACUUCCCUAAUGCCACCGGUCACCCCGACGGCAAUGAUGAAUACAUGCCCGUGGAGGAGUGCGGCAAUAUCCUGAUCAUGGGGCUGGCAAUUGCGAACUCGCUACAAUACGAGAACGGCUCCGAGGCCGCCUCCAUCUGGUCAUCACAGGGUGAGCCACGCUCCACCUUCUCGACCCUGGAUAUGGGUCUUUUCCCUCUCGAUGACCUCCAGGUAAUGUCUGGUAUCGGCUACCAGGACAGCAAGUGGGGCGGCGGUCUCGAGGGCCAGCGUCUCGCGAAGAAAUGGGUGCAGCGGAGUUACCGUCUCUGGAGGCAGUGGACCGGCUACCUGGUUGAGUUCUCCCUCGAACCUGCGAACCAGCUUUCCACGGAUGACUUCGCCGGCUGGCUGGCGCUGCAAACCAACCUAGCCCUGAAGGGUAUUGUCGGCAUCAACGCCAUGAGCAAGCUCUCCGAGCUGGUCGGCCAGGAAACUGAUGCCGCGUACUUCAAGGUAAACUCCACCCUAGGGGACCCCGGACUUCCUAGGCGGGAACUAAUUGAUUUUCAGCACAUCGCCGACAAAUAUGUCGCCAAGUGGGAGAAACUCGGCAUGUCUCGCGACGACUCGCACGCCAAGCUGGCCUACGACUGGUACGGCUCCUGGACCACAAUUUACAACCUAUACGCCGACGCUCAGCUGUGCUUCCACCUGGAGAACACAGACACAUCCCUCUCCCCUUCCACCCCCAAAACCCCCGGCUUCGUGCCCCGCCACGUCUACCAAAAGCAGUCGGUAUGGUACCACUAUGUGCGGCAAAAGUACGGCCUGCCCCUGGACAGUCGGCACCUGUACACCAAGACGGACUGGGAGUUCUUCUCGAUGGCCGUGGCGUCCAAGCCCGUUCGCGCGGAAAUCCUCGAGUCCGUCGCGCGCUGGGUCAACGAGACCGUCACCGAUCGGCCUUUCACAGACCUGCAUAACACCGAGGGCGACGGGAAUUUCCCCGGCCCGACCUUCUUCGCACGCCCUGUGAUCGGCGGUCACUUUGCUUUCCUCGCGCUGGAGCGGGCGUGCGGGGGCCGUGCGAUGCCGGGACUGUCAUUCGUGGAUGAUGUAGAUGCGGAGACGCUGCAGGCUUGGUCUGCGAGUGCGGAGGCGGCGGCGAAGGAGUUUGCGCGGCCUUGGAAGCUGCACCAUGGCGAUGAUGAGCUUUAG